AUGCAGGCGAGUGAUUGGGAAAGGCGAGCAAGUCGUGGUGCGCGAGGGCCGAAAGCUGCGAUUCACACUCCACAAGGGGUGCUUCAAGGGAGCCGACCCUCGAUCCCAGUCCAACUCGUCUCUCACGGAGGGGAGAUUCCCGGAGCAAAGCUUCCAAGCUCAAGCCCCUGCUCACAAAGGCCGCGGCAAAUGGAGCGUGAGCGAGUAUGGAUACAAGGACGGGGACUCUUCCGGAGGAGCAGGAGGAGCGGCAAAGUUUUGAGGUUCCUCCAAAUCCCUGGGGGGCAUUGGAGCCCUCAAGGAGGAGGAUACCACUACCACCACCAGGCAAUAGAGAGCUCCCUUAAAGAACCAUUGAUCAUUCAUCACUGUAGCUGAGAUAAUAUAAGAACAGGAAAAGGAAAAGCAAAA